ACCGUGUUUUGACAACAGUAGACUGCUCUAGCAGACAGAAAAACAAGACAGAGAGACACCUCAGCAAGUUAUAUUGAACUCUCCAUCCUCCACCUGAACCAUGUCUGGAAACAAGAAAGGGUUCUCCACCACCUCUCAGAAGCACCGUAACUUUGUCUCUGAGCCUAUGGGGAACCGUUCUGUGAGGGACGUUCCCGGGAUCGGACCUGUACAGGGCCGCAGGUUAGAGGAGCAGGGCAUUCACAGGGCUGACCAGAUGUUGGGCCAGUACCUGGUGAGUGGUCGGAACCAGGGCCAGUUCCAGGGCUAUCUGAAAAAUACCACAGGGGCCAACGCCAAGCAACAAAGUGACGCCUACAAUGGAAUAAGAGAGUGGACCGACAACAAUAUGUAGGACAGCAUUCACUCACUAUCUCUGCUCCUUUCUGUUUUUCUACUCCCUAACUAGGACUCUUCAGACCUACCUAGGUCAACUUUCAUCUAAAGCACAUCAGCUGAUGGAUGUAAUGUAUUGAUAAGUAAUAUUGAGUAAUCAUAAAGUUGAUAGUUGUUUAUAAAACACUGUACUUCCUUUUGUUCUUCUUGUCAUGUUCUUCAACUGAGACCCUGGGCCCUGUCCCCAGGUUAAAGUGAGCGUUUUGGAUGCAUUCUGUUCUGGAAUAAAUCUGGAAUUAACUUUU